AUGAAGCUUGCUGUUCUCGGCCGUGAGCAGCUUGACGAGCUGGAAUCUUGGGUUACCGAACUCUUCUCAGAUGUCCCCAACCAGAACCUGCCCAAGUUGCGCUGGGAUGAUAUACCCGCCAUGACAGAGGCCGAACUGGGCACUCAAAUCUUUGUCAAGCCCGUCAUGGACAUGCGCCUGCUCGAUAUGCACUUCGUUUACGCCGACGAGGAAGACCUGUGGGAGUCGCAGCCCGCCAAGUAUCUCAGCCACCUCAUCGGUCACGAAGGCCCUGGAUCCAUUCUCGCAUACAUCAAGGCAAAGGGCUGGGCCAACGGUCUCGGUGCUGGACCCAUGAACAUCUGCCCUGGUACUUCGCACUUCUCAAUCUCCAUUCGACUGACCGAAGACGGCCUCAAAAACUACCAAGAAGUUGUCAAGGCUGUCUUCCAAUAUCUCGCCAUGGUCAAGGAACACCCACCACAGGAAUGGAUCGUUGAUGAGAUGGCCAAGCUUGCAGAGGUUGACUUCCGUUUCCGCCAGAAGAUCCCUGCCAGUCGCACUGUUAGCGCUCUGAGUGGUGUCAUGCAAAAGUCUUUCCCUCGUGACAAGUUGCUCAGCGCCCAAUCUCUGAUUUGGAAAUUCGACUCUGAUGCUAUCCAGCGCGGUCUUGAUUACCUCCGUCCUGACAACUUCCGCAUCACCCUCGUCUCUCAAGAAUACCCUGGUAACUGGGAUAAGAAGGAGCAGUGGUACGGUACCGAAUACAAGUACGAGAAGAUGCCCCAAGAGUUCAUGAAGGAGUUGGAGGCUGCCAGCAAAGCCACUUCGUCCCACCGUCCAUCUGAGUUGCAUAUGCCUGCCAAGAACGAGUUUGUGCCAUCUCGUCUUGAUGUCGAGGUCAAGGAGGUUGAAAAGCCUGCUGUUGCGCCAAAGCUGAUUCGCAACGAUGUGAAUGUUCGUACAUGGUGGAAGAAGGACGAUCAAUUCUGGGCACCCAAGGCAAACAUCAAGGUUUUCUUCAGGUCGCCCCUGGUCAGCAUGUCUGCUCUCACUGCCGUCACUACUCAACUUUACAAGGAUUUGGUCGAAGACUCCUUGACAGAAUACUCCUACGACGCAGAGCUUGCCGGCCUCGAGUAUGACCUUCAAAAUCACGCUCAAGGCUUUGACGUGACUGUCAGUGGAUACAACGACAAGAUGGCGGUUCUUCUCGAGAAGGUCUUGAUUGCUAUGCGCGAUCUCGAGAUCAAGAACGACCGCUUCGAUAUCAUCAAAGAUCGCACUCUUCGAGGCUGGCGCAACUUUGGAUAUCAACAGCCAUUCCAUCAGAUCAGCACCUACAGCAGGUGGCUGGUAGCCGAGAAAGGUUUCAUCGUUGAUCAACUGCUGGAGGAGCUUGACCAAGUUACUGCUGACGAUGUCCGCAACUUCUUCCCUCAAAUUCUGAAUCAGAUGCACAUCGAAGUUCUUGCACACGGCAAUCUUUACCGUGAAGAUGCACUCAAGAUGACCGAUUUGGUUGAAUCUACGCUCAAGCCCAAGACCCUUCCCGCUGGUCAAUGGCCUCUUCGCCGCUCCAUCGUUCCUCCACAAGGCAGCAACUUCGUCUACGAGCGCACACUUAAGGAUCCGCAAAACGUCAACCACUGCAUUGACUACCAACUGUUCACCGGUCUCUUGACUGAUCGCGCAAACCGUGCCAAGCUUCUUCUGUUUGCUCAAAUGUCAGACGAGGGCUGCUUUGACACUCUUCGAUCGAAAGAGCAGCUGGGCUAUGUUGUGCAAUCCAUGCCGCUGAUGCUCACUGCCAUCUCUGGUUGGCGUGUGUUGAUUCAGUCUGAGAGGUCGCCCGAAUACCUCGAGAAGCGCAUUGACGUCUUCUUGAAUACCUUUGGUGACAACCUCAAGAACAAGAUGAAGGAUGAGGAGUUCGAGUCACAUAAGACAGCUCUGAUCAACAAGCGCUUGGAGAAGAUGAAGAACCUCAACCAGGAGAGCGGUCGUUUCUGGCACCACGUUACCAGCGAGGCCUUUGACUUCGAGCUCGGUAAGUCAUGCUAUCUACAUACCUCUGAACACAUUUACUGA